AGGCCUAGCAAUGAACUAGAUUUUGCUCCUCAAGGAAAACUGAAGGAACCCUUUCUUAUUCAGAGACCAUGGAAGUAAAACAGGUUGCAAUCAUUGGUGCCGGCGUCAGCGGACUGGGAGCCAUUAAGAGCUGCUUGGAGGAAGGACUUGAACCCACUUGCUUUGAAAAGAGCAAUGACAUCGGAGGGCUGUGGAGAUACGAGGAGUCAACAGAAAGCGGUAGGCCCGGGAUAUACAAAUCUUUAACCUGCAAUACAUCCAAGGAGAUGACGGUCUUUAGCGACUACCCCACCCCUGACCAUUACCCCAACUUCAUGCACAACUCCAAAAUAAUGGAGUAUCUCAGGAUGUACGCCAGCCACUUCGGACUCAUGAAACACAUCCAGUUCCAGACAAGAGUGUGCAAGGUGAGGAAGCGCCCUGAGUUUUCAUCCUCUGGCCAGUGGGACGUUGUGGUGGAGGCUGAUGGAAAGCAGAAAACGUACAUCUUCGAUGGGGUCAUGGUUUGUAGUGGUCACUACACUGAGAAGCAUCUUCCCUUACAGGAUUUUGCAGGAAUCACCAAGUUCCGGGGCAGGUAUCUCCACAGCUGGGAGUACAAGCACCCUGACAGUUUUGUGGGGAAGAGAGUGGUCGUGAUUGGAAUUGGAAAUUCUGGAGUAGAUGUGGCAAGUGAGAUCAGCCAUGUUGCUGAACAGGUUUUCCUCAGCACAAGACGAGGGGCAUGGAUAUGGAACCGAGUUUGGGAUAAUGGGAAUCCCUUGGACACCGCACUCUUCACCCGUUAUAAUAGAACCAUCCAAAGGUUCUAUCCCACAUUCUUGAUCAACAGAUGGGCAGAGAAUAAAUUAAAUGCAAGGUUUAACCAUGCCAAUUAUGGACUGCAGGCUAAACACAGAUUUCUCAGCCAUCAGUCUAUCUUCAGCGACGACCUGCCAAAUAGCAUCAUUACUGGAAAAGUGCUGGUGAAGACGAAUGUGAAGGAGUUCACCUCAACGUCCGCCAUCUUUGAGGAUGGCUCGGAGGAGAUCGUAGACGUUGUUAUCUUUGCCACAGGCUACACCUUCUCUUUCCCUUUCUUGGAUGACAGCUCUGAAAUCCUGGACAGUGAACACACAAUGUUUAAAUUUGUCUUCCCUCCCCAGUUGGAGAAGCCAACGCUAGCCUUCAUUGGGAUCCUCCAGCCAGUAGGAGCUACAAUCCCCACAUCAGAGCUCCAAAGCCGAUGGGUUGCACGCGUGUUCACAGGACUGCGAAAGUUACCCUCACAGAGCAACAUGAUGGUAGACAUCAACAGAAGGAAACGGAAGAUGGAAAAAGAGUUUGUGAAAAGCCCCAGAAGCAUACAUCGAGUGCAGUAUAUCGACUACAUGGAUGAAAUUGCUUCUGAAAUAGGUGUCAAACCCAACCUGCUCUCUCUCUUCCUCUGGGAUACAAAGCUGGCCAAGGAGAUUUUCUGGGGACCCUGUACGCCAUACCAGUACCGUCUACAAGGGCCGGGGAAAUGGGCAGGGGCUCGGGCAGCCAUUCUGUCUCAGAGAGACCGGAUCCUCAAACCCCUGAGAACCCGGGUGCUCAAAACCUCUGAGACAUCGUCCUCUCGUCUAUUCUGGGCCAGAUGUAUCUGUGCUGUCAUUUUUUUCUUUGUUCCUGUGCUAGUUAUCAUGCAUGUCAUAUAUCAGUGAUCCCGUACUGACAGAGAGAGAACCAGUCAUUGCUAUUUGGCAUGCAUGCCUCAGAGUCAAGUGAGGUAAUGGGGAAAGAUAUUCAUUAGAUUGACUAAGACACGUCUGAACACUUAAAUGGAAGCAAAGUUACUCGAUUACAGAUCUCACAAGGGUUUUAUAUGAAGGGGUUUUAAAAUGCAUAGCUCAUUUCUACUUUAUUCCAUAGGUGAAAGGACAUACCUUAUGUUUCCCAGAAUAAGGUUAUAUAGGGCUAAUACAAGCAAAGUUUAAUAAACAAUAAUAUAAGAGAGGUUAAGCCAGGCAUAAUACCCAGAUACAGUAUAUGGACUCAGUCUAUCUCCCCAAGAUGAAGAAAGCACAUCUUUUCAGUAGAAAAUCUGACAGUUACCACUUGAAUUGAUUGAACAGUGCUGAAAAUUUAGUCUAUUUCUUUUCACAUCAUUAUAUUGUUUUUUUUUUUUGAGGAGUCAGUAUAUUUUAUUUGAUAAAUUUUAUCUACAGAGUUUACUGAAAUCAUUUUAAUAAUAGCCAGAUUCUUCUAGAUUUCUCACUCACAGAGUUAUGUUGUAAACCAUUACAAACUGCCUCCCUCCUGGUCACCCCCUCCCAUAGUCUUCCCCCUCUCCCCAUCUCCUUCUCCCUUGAGUGGAAGCUCCCCUGGGUAUCCCCCUCCCAACCCUGGCACUUGAAGUCUCUAUGAGGCUAGGCACAUCCUCUGCCACUGAGUACAGACAAGGCAUCCCAGCUAGUAGGACAUAUCCCACAUACUGGCAACAGCUUUUAGGAUAGCCCCUGUCCCAGAUGUUCGGGACCCUCAUGAAGGCCAAGCUGCACAUCUGCUACAUAUGUGCAGGAAGGCCUA